UUCCAUGUGUUCACUUAUCUUUCAGACCUUCUGUACACACUAUCAAGUGAGAAGGACCAUUCAAAGUCAAAUGUCUGUGUUCAGCUUGGUGAUAAAAUGGUAAAGGCACCAAUGCUCAGAAGUAUCUUUAAUAGCUUGAUUCAUUUCCCGGGCUUCAAACAGUGCUUGGAGGGCAAAGAUCCAGGGCCUCCAUUUAUUGACCAAAGAUGGAGAGGGAGGGCUCAGCAGCGCCUGGAGGCUCUUCAGCAGCUUGCUUCAGCUCCACCUUCUCUUCAAAUACCUCAAAUUGUGUAUGAAGAUCCUGAAGUCAGUGGAAGGAAUCGCUACAAAUAUUUUGCACAACCUCUCAUCCCUUCUAGUAAGCUGCUUCCACUAAAUGUUACUUAUGCAAUGGCAAAGACAGAGCCCUAUGUCCAUUCAGCUACAAGAGACAGCAAGGCCUUUGGCCCCAAGUCACGAACUUUGGGCACACAGACAGAUUACAGGGAUGGUGAAACCCAGACGGAUCCCUAUUCCCCUGCAUAUGUAAUUCCCAGUGGCUCAGUCCCUGAACUUCUGACACUUGCUACACUCACUUGGGGUCGGGGGCUACCAGCAGGACUAGCUGAGGUGGAAAUGAUUGAACGUGCCCGGGAAAAACGUGCAUGGGAAGCAACUCUUCCAGCCAUGGACAACGCCUCACAAAUCACAAAGAGGAGGAAAAUGAUGGAAGAAAUGGAGAGGAAGGAGUGGGCCUUUAGAGAACAGGAAAUAGAAAAGUUGCAGAAGGUUCGAUUGGAAGUCUUAAAGAAGCUGCUGCAGAGGCGAGAGGAGAAUCAGAAAGAACUGGCUGCCAAGCGCUUGGAUGACCACUGGGAAAAUCAUCAAAAGGCUAAAGAAGAGAAAAUAAAAAAGAUUCAGCAUGACUGCGCACUGAUGCUCAGGAAACUGGUAGCUAAGAGGAAGAAUGUGAUGGGGAAACUGGAGAGACGAAAUAUCAUCCAAGAGUAUACUGACUUUGCAUCACAAACAUACGCUCCUUUGUCUAGAAUUGGUUAUUUCCCAGACAACCAUUCCGAACGCUAUGUGGUAAAAAACUUCUAUCUUAACACCUUUGCAGGACUGUGUGAACUGGACGCAUUUCUCCCAGAUUCUGUCACCCAGGUCAAGAUUAAAGCUCCAAAACCUAAGUACACUAUCACUAAGACUGGAUUUAUUAAAAGAUCAGCAAGGCUAGAGGCAGAGCUUGCACAGGUUCACCAGGCACUACUAGAGAAGAAGAGUAAAGCCAAGGAGCCAAAGAAGCCCCUUCGUGUCCUUGAAAAAGUAGAAAAGCUUGUUCCUCGGCCACCCACUCCAAUCCUGGAAAAACCAUCACUUGAGGAAGAGGAAACAGAGCUGGCAGUGAUCUGUCUGCAGAAGUUGCUCCGUGGCAGGGCUAUUCAGAACAUGAUGUUUGAAGAGAAGGAGAAGCGGCUGGAGCUGAUCCGAGAGCUGCGCUCCACUCAUGCGCUCCAGGAGGACAGACGGCUGCUUUUGAAGGCAGAGGAGCAACUGACACGGGCCCUACAGCAACAGCAGGACUUGCAAAUGCACAAGCUGUCAUUGAUGGAAAGCCACUUGGCCAGGGAAGAAGGAAGGGUACUGGCGAACAUGUUUGAUUUCCUCUCCAAAGAGCUGGUGAGGAUGCAGGAAGAGCGAAAAAACCACGCCUUCAUCAUGCUGGCUGAGAUGCAGAGGCGGAUGCGGGAAGCAGAGGAGCAUGGACGCCGUCAGGUGGAAGAGAGGCGGCGUCAGGAAGAAGAUGAGAUUUUCAAACAGGUGGUGAAAGUGCACCAGAGCACUAUUGAAUCCUACUUGGAAGACGUAAUCCUGAGUAGCAUGGAGAACACAGCUGAAGAACAAGCCAGGGAAGAGAUUCAGAGAAUGGCUGUAGAAAUCAAUGACAUUGCUUACGAAAUGGAAAGUCGUCGAACACGCCUACAGUCAGAAGAGAUUGUAGCAGAGCUGGUUUAUAAUUUCCUGAUUCCAGAAGCUGAGAAAAUGUUUACCAGAGAAAAAGGUAAGAAGUCCA